CAACUUCAGACCGCCAUGAGCGCCCCCAAAACCCUCAAGACGUUCACGCUCGAGGACGUCGCAAAGCAUAACAAGGAGGGGGAUCUAUGGAUUGUCAUUGAUUCCAAAGUCUACGAUGUAUCCCGGUUCGCGGACCUUCACCCGGGAGGGGCGUCCGUAUUCUACGUACCCGCCGUCGCUGGCCAAGACGCCACGCAAGUCUUCUUCGGCCUCCACCGACAUGAAGUGCUCCUCCGCCCCCAAUACGCGCGCCUGCAAAUCGGCACGAUAGCCGGCCAGGAGGAGACGAUCAAGCCGCUCGCGGCGGGCGAGACGUCCCAGGUCCCGUACGCCGAGCCCACCUGGCUGUCGAACGGGUUCCACAGCCCGUACUAUACGGACAGCCAUAGACGGUUCCAGCGGGAGGUGCGUAAGUUCUUCGUGGAGGUGGUGCAGCCGGACGCGCUCCGGUGCGAGGAGAAUGGGAAGAGGAUUAGCCAGGAGGUCGUGGAUAAACUUGCGGAGACAAAUAUCAUUGCCAUGCGCCUUGGCCCCGGGAAGCACUUACAAGGCCGGACAUUGAUGGGAGGAAUCGUCAAAGCAGAGGAAUUCGAUUACUUCCACGAGUUGAUCAUAAACCUGGAAGUCGGUCGCCUGGGUACGCGAGGUUAUGUCGACGGGUUAUUGGCAGGCAUUGUCAUCGGUCUCCCGCCCGUCCUAAACUACGGGUCGCCGGAGCUGCAGGCAGCUGUGGUGCCCGACGUGCUUGCUGGGAAGAAAUUUGUCGCGCUGGCAAUUAGUGAGGCCUUUGCUGGGAGUGAUGUUGCUGGGCUCCAGACGACGGCGGAGAAGGACGGUGAUCAUUGGGUAAUCUCGGGGACCAAAAAGUGGAUCACGAACGGUACCUUCGCGGAUUACUUCACGACAGGAUGUAGAACUGAGGGCGGUUUCACUGUCAUUCUCAUCCCACGAGGCGAAGGUGUCUCCACAAAGGGUAUUAAGACAUCCUACUCCUCUGCAGCCGGAACAGCAUAUGUCACCUUCGACCGCGUCCGCGUGCCAAUCGGUAACACACUGGGCAAGGUCGGCGGCGGCCUCGGGGUCAUCCUGAGCAACUUCAACCACGAGCGGUGGAUGGUGACCACGACGAGCGUCGGCGCGCAGCGCAUGAUCCUCGAGGAGUGUCUGAAAUGGUCGAACCAGCGGAUGGUAUUCGGCAAACCCCUGGUCUCGCAGGCGGUCAUCCGGGCGAAGCUCGCGAACAUCAUAGCCCGCGUGGAGGGGUGCCAGAACUGGCUCGAGUCCGUUACCCACCAGAUGAACAACAUGUCGUACGCGCAGCAGGCCGAUAAGCUAGCCGGGCCCAUUGGGCUUCUCAAACAGUUCGUAUCGCGCACUGGCCGUGAGACGGCCGAGGAUGCCACGCAGAUAUUCGGCGGCCGGGGGAUUACGGUGGGUGGGAUGGGCAAGUACAUUGAAAACUACCAUCGCACGUCGCCGUACGAUGCGAUCCUGGCUGGUGCGGAGGACGUACUCGGAGACCUGGGCGUGAGACAGGCGAUUAAAAAGAUGCCGAAGAAUGCGAGGUUGUAGGAGUGCUUGAGGCAGUAGAACGUUGACGGUUGCGGUGCUGUAUCUAUUGCUUGCUUAAAUGGAUCUGGAUUCUAAGCUGUAGCCUGUCCGUUCGCGGUUGAUAUUGCUAUGGACCCAUUAAAUGUGAUUCAGGAUAUUGUCG